UUAAGACAUCAACAACAAGAUAAAGUGUCAAGUGAACCAUGAGAAACCAUAAGAAAAACAUGAAAAGGUUCCUGUUCGUGCUGCUGGGCAUCCUUUUCAUGUGGUGGCUGAGUUUGCCGUAUUUCAUCCUGCAUAACGUUGACCAUGUGGGUGAUGCUGUGACUGUUGACAACAUACUGAGACGCAAUGGAAAUGUGAUAAUGGAAACACACACGACUCAAGUUUCCUCUGUGCCACAGUUGAAAAACUACAGACAGGAGUUACAAGCACUUCAGGUGAAAGUGGAAGUAGAUAAAGCAUAUGCUGAAGUGAAGGAUGAGAUGAUAAAGGAGCUGCGCUCUGAUAAACUCCAACUGCAGCUGCAAAUUUCUCACUUGGGAGAGCUCUUGAAGGUACAGCUGGAGAAGGAAAAACUACAGUGGAAAGAAAAGGUGCAACAGCAUGAAGAAGAGAUACCAGAGCAAGUCGAAUCUGGAAAAGAGCAACAAACCAAAGAUGAUAAAAAUUGCCCAAUACUAUCCAUGGAUGGAUUUCCACACUGCAAGCAGAAACUCAUGUGGAUGAAGAAAAUGUGGAAGACAGACCUGUGCUACAGCAGUUAUGGGGUCAAUGGGUCAUUCUGCUCCUUCCUCAUCUACCUCAGUGAGGUAGAGUCCUGGUGUCCCAGGGUUUCAGGCAGGGUGCUUGCCCCAGUUGUGGAGAAAACCCCAGAGCUAAAAUUUGAUGGUGCAAUGAUACGUGAAAGUUUUAAAGGUCUAUACGACUCUAUGGCAAACAAGGCCGAGUUUGUUUGGAUCCAGAGAAGAAUUCAAAGCAUGGAAGACAUUUGGCUUCAGGCAAUGCAGUCUCUUUCAGCCAAAUACAAACUGACAAAGCGGAAAGCCAAACAGAUUCUCGUACAUCCUGGUGCAAUUACACGUGAAUCAGGUUUUAGAAUAAUAGAUGGAGCUUUCAGUGGAGGACCGCUGGGGGAGCUGGUUCAGUGGAGUGACCUGAUCGCCAUACUUUAUAUUUUGGGUCACCAUCUUCACCUGUCUAACUCCAUACCCAUCUUACAGAAUAUUCUAAACGGGAACGGAGGUUCCUGCCCUCGUAAAACAAAGACAGAAGUGAACCUGAUCUAUACAGACAUUGUCGGCCUCCAACAAAUUCAGCCACUAGUUAAGACAUCCUGGGAAAAAUACAAGUGUAUGAUGCGAGUGUUGGACACUUUUGGCACGGAACCAGAUUUUAAUCACGCAGAUUGGUCUAAAAAUCACAACCUUAAGAGUCCAUUUGGCGGCCUCCAUCUGAUCCCCCUGCAGUUCUACACCAUGUUCCCCCACACGCCAGACAACACGUUCCUGGGCUUUGUUGUGCAGCACCGGUUGAAUGCUGAGAAAAACGAGCAACUGAAGAGACAAAACCAAGCUCUUGUGUACGGCAAGAGAGGCACAUUUUGGAAGGAUAAGGAGGCUUAUGUGGAUGUUAUCCACAAGUACUUGGAUGUCCAUGGUACGGUAGAUAAUGGCAGACGGAUUCCAAGUUAUGUGAAAAACCAUGGCAUUGUUAAAGGGACUGAAGUGCAUGCCUUGUUGAGGCAAAGCAAGGUUUUUGUAGGAUUGUCCUUCCCGUAUGAAGGACCUGCUCCUCUGGAAGCUUUAGCCAAUGGCUGUGCUUUCCUGAACCCAAAGUUGGAUCCUCCACAGAGCAGCCUCAACACGGAGUUCUUCAAAGGAAAGCCCAACAUCAGAGAGGUGACAUCUCAGCAUCCGUAUGCCGAGGCGAUAGGAGAGCCCUACGUGUGGACGAUCGAUAUCAACAACCUAACAGAAGUGGAAAGAGCUGUCAAAGCUAUUCUCAAUCAAAGUAUUGAGCCUUAUCUUCCCUAUGAAUUUACUUGUGAAGGGAUGCUCCAGAGGGUCAACGUCCUCAUUGAAAAACAGGACUUCUGCUCAAGUUCAAGCAGCUGGCCGCCUUUGAGUGCGCUCCAGGUAGUGACGGCAAAGGCUGGCACUUCUUGUAAAAAGGCAUGCCAGAAAACUGGGCUAAUCUGCGAACCUGCAUUCUUUGGAUACCUGAACAACGCUGAGAAACUCUCUAACUACAACAUAGAUUGUCAAACAUCAGAGUUUUCUGGGAGUCAGAUGGUGUUUCCAGCGUACAACAGCGACAGCAAUCACUGCCUGCUCCAGUCUGAUCCCCUGCUCUUCAGCUGUGUCAGAUCGGACCCCUCCUUGACUCGCAUCUGCCCCUGCAGGGACUACAUUAAAGACCAGGUGGCCUUGUGUAAGACAUGUAUCUGAAAUGAAUAUGCUGAUUGUAAAUGCAGGAAAGACUGGUUACAUAGUGAAUUAAGGAUUGGGAUGGAGGGUUUUAAAAUAUUGUGUCCAUCUUCACUCUGGUUAGAAAUGUGAAAGACACAAUAAUAAGCUAAAGAUUCAAUUAUUUGGAUUUAUGUUGUACUGUCUCACACUGGAAAAAUAAUUUUAUCUGUAAACCUAAGCCUAAUACUCCAUCUGGUUUAUUCCAUUUGGUGUGACUUAGUUUAGUCUUUGUCAAUCUAGUGUUUGUGGACUUUGUGGGCUGUGGGUUUGUGGUCUGUCUUUAUAUUGUCUUGUCUUUCCCUUACUCCCUGCUGGUCCAUGCUGUUUCCAUGAAAGGUUUUUUGGGGGGGAUUAUUGCCAAGUUUACACUCUUGUGUUUUUUGUAGUUCCUGCUCAGCAGUGUUUCAAGUUAAAAUAAAUCACAUUAUUCUGGAACUCCUCCCUCCUCGUCUCCUGCGUCUGGGUCCUACUCAGCCACACACCUUAACAUUAACAUUAUUUGAUCACCAACAAAGUUAGAGAAGUCCCCUUUAAAAUAAAUCAUAGGAUGUACCCCACAAAAAAAAAUCUCUGGGUGCAAUUCUGAAA